CUCUCGCUCUCUCUCCCCCCUCUCUCUGAUCGUUCAAAAUCGCUUCAACUUCUCAUCCAACGCCGUCGCACGCACCGGGAAGCAUGUCCAGAGCCGCCGUCGAGCUCGAUUUCUUCGGCCUGGAGAAGGAGAAAUCCUCCUCCUCCUCCACCUCCAAGUCCCUGGACCGCCGCAGGAGCUUCCGAGGCAUCCAGAGCGCGAUCUCGAGGAUCAACCCCGAGCUGCUCAAGUCGGUUAUCGCCUCGGCAUCCUCCUCCGCGCCACCGACUUCUAAAGUGGAGCACAAUGCCUUGCCUCCUCUGCCUGUCUACGUCCCCGUUCUCAGGCCUGCAAAUGCUGCGGAGAACGGUAGCAAAGAGACGGCUCCCAUGACCAUUUUCUACAAUGGAACCGUCACCGUCUUCGACAUCUCUCCCGAUAAGGCGGAGAAUAUAAUGAGACUUGCUGCAGAAGCAAGCUCGAAGAUCGUCGAGCCGGAGAACAAAACUGCCGUAACCGCUGCUGCCCCUCCUUCUGGCGAUCAGCAGCAGCUGCUUGGCCCUCUUGGCGGAGAUCUGCCGCUUUUUCGGAGGAAGUCGCUCCAGAGAUUCCUUGAGAAGCGCAAGGAGAGGUUGACUUCCCUGUCGCCAUAUGCAUGUGACUACUCCGACGGUGGACGCGGUUUCGGGAAGAACACGACGACCUGGGGCGGAUCCGACAUCUAGAAAAGUCGGGAGGAACGUGCACCAUCUUAUCCCAUCCCAUCCCAAUCACAAAUAUAGAAUCCCCGCCAAAUUGUCAUAAAUCUGACAUUUUGCCGUUCUCAUUUGACCAAUAGACAGGCACAUCAACAAAGGAAUAGCAUUAAUUACUUUGGUCUUGUACACAUGUAUGGUAUGGCACCAUAUAUCUUAUAUAUACUAGCCAGCUCAGCUUCCCCCCGUGGUCCAUGUUUCUAAGCAAAUUGUUUUGUGGUCGUCGUACUUUUAUUUAUUCGCGUGUCCCCUUCGGUGGCGCUUGCGCUC